GCACUCAACUAAAACAUGGAAGUGAUUGAGGAAGCUGCAGACAAAACAACUGUAUAAUCGUGCAGGUUGGCGAUUUAAAAAAGAGUGGACCGUAGGGGCUUUGCUCACGACUUGGACGCAUUGUACGCAAUUUGUAAACGGGGUUUCGAAGUGUGAAGUUUUGUUUUCAUGUGGAUGAAGUUAUGGUUUUACGGCUCAAGAGAAACCUAGAGCCUCACGUAACGUUAACUAGCCGACGCCCCUGUGGGUUAGGCUGCUCCUGUCAAAAACAUGUCCGCUGAGCGCUGUGGAGAUGCCAAAAGCACCAUGUCGCCUGAAAAAAUGGCCACCGAAAACAGCAGAGAGAGCCAGAACCAGCGUGAGGCCGAGGCAGCAGGCAGCACCUCAGACACCAGCACAGCAGCAACAAACCUGGCUUUGCUUAAAGCGCACUCUCUAGAUGUGAAGUUCGAUGUUGGGGAGGAGUACGAUAUCAUAGAAACCAUUGGUACUGGUGCUUAUGGCGUCGUUUCAUCGGCCAGAAGAAGGGACAACGGCAAGCAGGUGGCGAUAAAGAAGAUCUCCAAUGCUUUUGAAGUGGUAACAAAUGCUAAACGAACAUUAAGAGAGCUGAAGAUUCUCAAGCAUUUCAAACAUGACAACAUUAUUGCCAUCAAAGACAUCCUACAGCCGAACCUUCCCCACUCUGCCUUUAAGUCCGUGUAUGUGGUGUUGGACCUCAUGGAGAGUGACCUACACCAGAUCAUUCACUCUGCGCAGACUCUAACCCCUGAGCACACGCGUUACUUCCUGUACCAGCUCCUCCGUGGCCUCAAAUACGUGCACUCUGCCAAUGUCAUCCACCGCGACCUCAAACCCUCCAACCUGUUGGUGAAUGAAAACUGUGAGCUGAAAAUUGGUGACUUUGGCAUGGCGAGGGGUCUGAGUUCACACCCAGAGGAGUCUCACUCCUUCAUGACGGAGUACGUGGCGACCCGAUGGUACCGUGCUCCUGAGCUGCUUCUGUCUUUGAACCAUUACAGUUUGGCCAUUGACAUGUGGUCUGUGGGCUGCAUCUUCGCUGAAAUGUUGGGCCGUAAACAGCUUUUUCCUGGGAAACAUUAUGUGCACCAACUCCAGCUGAUUUUGAGUGUGCUAGGCACUCCUCCUGAGGAUUUGAUCAGCACCAUUAGAGCUGAGAGGGUCCGUUCCUAUGUUCAGAGUCUUCCACCGCGGACCCCUGUGCCUUUGGCUAAACUGUACCCCCAAGCUGAACCGGAGGCUUUAGGCCUAUUGGCGGCUAUGUUGCGCUUCAAUUCCCGUGAACGCAUCAGCGUGAAGGACGCACUGGAGCAUCCUUACCUGGCUAAGUACCAUGACUCGGACGACGAGCCCAGCUGUGUGCCAGCUUUUGACUUUGAGUUUGAUAAGCUUCCAAUGAAUAAAGAACAAAUUAAAGAGGCCAUUUUGAUGGAGAUCCAGGACUUUCAUAAAAAGAACCUGAACUGUCGUCAAAGACUCCAGUUCAGGCCUUUGCCUAGGGCCCAUAGUGGAGCGGCAGCUCAAAACAGCAACCAGCAAAGAGCUCAACCAGUAAAUGUGGACCUGAACAAACAAAUGGCACAGCACACACAAAUCCAGCAACCCAGAGAUGUGAAACCUCAUCAGCAACACGAUCCGCCACCAGCAGAUGUGAGCCAAGCAUUUUCAAACCAGAUAAAAACCUUUCAUAAGCCUGCAGAUCUUUUAGAAGUCGUCCCACCUCAUGUGACCCAUAAUUUCCCCCUCCUCAGUAAAAGCCAAGCGUGUCCCGUUGAUGUGGACAUGCCCAGUGCCAACUCUGACAGUGGUCAGCUGGAGACAAUUGAUUUAACAACCCCAGUGUCCACUCAGGAUGCUCCGUCUGAAUCGAUGAGAGUCAGCGAGUCCCAGCUGCCUCCUAGCACCCAGAGCCGGCCCGUGGCCUCCAUCCCUGCGACACAAGCACAGACCAUCACCCCCCUUCCCACCACUGUGCCUUCACUUUCUCUGUCGGCAGCGCAGGCCCAGUCUCUGUCCCAGUCACUUUCCCAGUCUCUGUCCAAGAAUGCAAGGCCUCCUCCGCGUGCACCAGAGGGAACCAGGAAAGGCACCGCCAUUUCAGACGAUACUAAAGCUGCACUCAAGGCAGCCCUACUGAAAUCAGCUCUCAGACAUAAAGUCAGGACCGAUGGAGGUGUCUCAGUCUCAGUUCUGGGCACUGACGCGGGCAUAUCAGGAGGCAUCUCGUCUUCUACUCCUGAGUUGCGGCGGCCUGUCACAGCCCAGGAGCGUCAACGAGAGAGAGAAGAGAAAAGAAGGAAGAGGCAGGAACGCGCAAAAGAGAAGGAGAGGAAAAUGAAAGAAAAGGAAAGACGAGAGGGAAAACAAGGGGAUUUGCUGGGUGGUGUUCUGCUGAGCGACAACGACAAAAGCCUGCUGCAGCGCUGGACGAAGAUGAUGGACAGCUGCAGCGACAAAUCCCAUAAUGCUAGUAACGAGGGACCAAAGGGUAAGGACUGUAACUCACACAGAUGUGUCGGCGAAAACGUCCUGAACAAUAAAACUGACAGAGACGUGAGGAAAAUUCAGUCAAAUGAGCCUUUGGUCCCUCAGAUGAAAAGAAACCAGCCGGGGCUGUUUCCUCCUCCCAACACGCAGCAGCUGCCUUUCUCCAAGUCUCCAGCAGAUGUCGUCGCUGCUGUGAGCGGAGGGGUGGAUAUCAUGACCGUCACCGGUGGAUUAGUUAAAAACGGCUCACUCAAACCUUGCGCUGACAGCAGCAUUCCGGGUGGAUUCGGCUGUGGAGUGGGGAGUUGGAGCGGGCAGCAGCUGGAGACCAGGCCUUCUCAGCAACCCAACAGAACAUCGCAGCCACCACCGAGCUUCCUCCAGCCUCAUGGUCAGACCCAACACCACCCCAAACCUCAGCUGCAACCCCUCGAGAGUUUUUUGUUGAAAGCCUCGACGGUGAACACCCGAGAGAUGAACGGGAACGUUAGAGGUCAGAACAACGUCAACCCGUUGACUACGAGCACAGGCCCGAUGGAGAAGCUCUGUCCUUCUGUAGAAGAGAAAACACAGAGUACAAACCAUCUCCCUGCGACGUUAGGAGUUCCCUCCCAGCCCCAUCCCAGUUUGGGAUUCACAGAUACUGGUCAGCAGGGACCCCCCGCUGCUCCUGACAUCAAUAAAGUAACACAGCAGCUCUCAAAGUCCCAGGUGGAGGAUAUUUUACCUCCUGUGUUCUCAGUCACCCCAAAAGGCAGCGGGGCGGGAUACGGCGUGGGCUUUGAUCUGGACGAUCUCCUGAACCAGUCUCUAACAGACCUGCAGCACUGUGACCGGGACAGCUACGACUCAGCCCCUCUCUCGGCCUCCCUCUUAUCUGAUUGGAGCGAGGUCCACCGCAUGACUCCAGCUGACCUGGAGUCUCUGCAGCAGGAGCUACAGCUCGGCUCUCCCAUGAUCCUCUCUGAUACCAUCCCCCCCGAAGCCUGACUCACUCCUCCCUCCAAACAAUCGCGUUUUGCUUUUGUUUUCCCAAACCAUCUAACAUCUGAACAGAAUUCCAUCAAGCACAAAAAUCCUACAAGGAUUUGAGCCAUUUUAGGUGUUUUUGUCAGUGUAAAGGUUAGUCACACUCACCCAGUGUUGAUGGCUUACUGAACAGCCUCUAUGCAGAGAAAUAAAGUUUACAUCAAAGACUGAUGAACCAAUGACUAGUCAGAGAUGCAGUUUUAAAACGGCUCCAAUCUGCUAUCUUAUAGCAAUGGAACCACACUUUUCUAACCUAACUUUGCUUUGUUUCACUUUACAUGGUUAUUUAUAUGGAUUCCUGGUUGAAUUAACACCAGCAGCACCUAAACGUAACUUCACUGCAGGUCAGGGAAUUAAUGGUUUUCCCUAAGUUAAGUGAAAGCAAUGUGAAGGGGUAAAAUGUUUGUGAACUUUAGUGACAUUUCUGAGAUUGGAGCCAUUUAGUCUUGACUGAAAUCACACUAGUCCUCAGUUCAGACCUGUAGCAGGUGAGCAGUUUUUCUGAACUGAGGCCAUUUAGGAUUUCUACUACAGAUAAAUGUAAUCAGUCAUAAUUUAUUACACAAACUGUUUCAAAUAUCCCAAAACAGCCAUUUAAGAGGACUUUUGAAAUCGGUUUUUGUUCAUUUAAAACCUUCAUGCUUUGCCAUCUGUGGAUUAAAAACAUGUCAUCACUCA